GUUUAAAUAGAUCUCAUGGGUUAUGUUCAUUUACUUCACAGUCUUUGUUUAUUGGAAUCAUCCGAGAUUCAAAUUUCAACUUCCAUACAUUAUUAUGGCGACAAGACUUCCAGAGGCAUCAGAGGCCGCACAUGAUGCAAUCAAGAAGAGUAAAUUAAUACCCUCUUCUUCUUAUGGUCCACCCGCACGAUAUCGUCUCUUCACAACCAGAACAAAUCUUAAUAAAGAUGGCUCAGUAAGAAAAUGGACAUUUGGACAAUUAGACAACAACAUGCAAAACAAAAUCCUCCUGAUGGUUGGAGAAACUGGAACAGGCAAAACUACUCUGAUUAAUGCCAUGGUGAAUUAUAUACUCGGCGAGAAGUUUACAGAUGAAGUGUGGUUUGAAGUUACAGAAGAGGAAGAAGAUAAUUCCAUGUCAGAUCAGACAAAAAGUCAAACAAGUGAAAUCACAGUGUAUGAGGUCUUUGCCAAAGACCACCCAAUCUGUCUUACCAUUAUUGACACGCCAGGUUAUGGAGACACCAGGGGAACAGAACAUGAUAAACGGAUUGCUGAAAAUCUGUACAAACUGUUUCACAGUGACAAUGGCGUGAAGGAAAUUGAUGCAGUCUGUUUGGUAGUGAAAGCAACUGUGAAUCGACUUUCUAACAGACAGCAAUACAUCUUUGAUGCAAUUUUGUCCUUAUUUGGUAAAGAUAUAGAGAACAACAUUGUCAUGUUUAUCACUCACUCAGAUGGAAUGCCUCCAGCUAAUGCUCUUAAUGCCAUCAAGAGAGCAAGGAUUCCCUGCAGGAAAGAUGAAGAAAAUGAACCUAAGCAUUACUUAUUUAACAAUCGGCAAACUGAGAAGAGAAACAAAAAGUAUAACGAAGUUCUCCGGGCAGCUUGGGGACUAACAGAGGAGAGUUUAAAUGAUUUCUUUGACCCACUGAAAGAGCAGGAAAGAAAAAGCUUAAAGCAGACUGAAGAGGUUCUGAAGGAGUCCAAACGAAUUGAAGGCUGUAUUACUAAUCUACAAGACCGUAUUGACUUUGUUGAGCGCAAAGGAAAAGAACUGGCUCAGAUUCAGGAAGCACUUCAGGAAAAUCAAGAAAAGAUCAAGAGAAAUGAAAACUUUCAUUUUAAAGUCACCGAAUAUUACAAAGAAAAAGUCCUCAUUGAAAAUGGUUCAUGGAAAGACAAGAAGGCUACCAGUUGUUCUGUCUGUCAGGAAAACGUCUCGGGGAACUGUCAUGAGUAUGGCUGCUGGGCUGCGAUAGAUGUUUCAUGGUGUUCUGUCAUGAAAAAUGACCACUGCACUUCAUGUACAGGUAAAUGUCAUCACAAUAAACAUGUCAAAGAGAACAAGAAAUAUGUCACACGCAGCAAAGACACCGUAAUGAGUCUUUAUGAACUUAUGAAGAAAUAUGAAGGCCAUAAUGUAUCUGAAUCAGAUACCAAGUUUGACACAGAAUCAUUUAAAAACAUAAAAAAAGACUUUGAAAGCAACAAGAAACAGAAAGAGGAAAAAAUAAAUAUAGUGAAGAGAUUGAAAGAAGACAUCGACAAGACUGAAAAGAAAAAAGCCGACCUGAUAGAAGAAGCGUACACCGCCAUCAAAAAACUGUGUGAGAUUGCUUUAAAGCCAGACUCUGCUUUCAUUGUUCAGACUAUCGACUUCUUGAUCCCUCGAGCUAAGAAAACUGGAAAAUAUGUAGUUGCUUGUAAUCUGAAUGAGCUGAGGAAACUUAAGCCUGAAUCAGAGGAGACAGUUAAUGCUGCGGCUGGAUAUUUCAGUAGACUAAAGUUAUUGAAGUAAUAGAGUAUGCAAGACAUUUACAUUUACAUUUUAGGCAUUUGGCAGACGCUUUUAUCCAAAGCGACUUACAUUUUUUUUUAUCUCAUUACACAUCUGAGCAGUUGAGGGUUAAGGGCCGCGCUCAAGGGCCCAACAGUGGUAACUUGGUGGUUGUGGGGUUUGAACCUGGGAUCUUCCGAACCGUAGUCCAAUGCCUUAACCACUGAGCUACCCCUGGCCCGAGAGGUUUCAGUCUACUAAAAAUGUUUUUACUGGUACAAAAUGAAUUUAUGAGAUUAAACAAGGCCAUAUAGCAUGUAAUACAUAAACCAUUAUGAACAUAUCUAUACCAAGAAUGCAGUUGUUUGUUUAACUAAUAAAAGGCAUUGUGCUUAUUUAGAAAUGCAAUUAAUAGUUUGCUUUGGUUUGGUAAUGCACAUUAAAUGCUUGGACAGGCCCUUAAAUGAAUGUAUUUAAGCUGCAACAAAAAAAAGAAGAAAAAAAAAGAAAA